AUGUCAUUCAUCAGAGGUGUUUGUAAAUUAAGUAAAAAUAUCCGUUAUACCGGAUCAAUAAACUCAAUUUUAAAUAAAGGUGUUAUUGGUUCCACCAUUAAUACCAAAACCACUACCAUCACCACUACCACUACCAACACCACCAAUAAUACAUUAGCAUACAGAAAUUAUUGUAGUUCAACUACCACCACCACCACUACCAACACCACUCAAAAUGAAAUAAAAGAAGUACCAUAUCAAUUUUUAACAUUAACAAAUGAACAAUGGGAAUUAGCAUUAGGUAAAGAAGUAAAUAAAAACACAAAAGAUUUCUUUGACUUGACUAAAAGUAGAACUACAUUAUUAAGAAAACCAACAUUUGAAACCAUUCAAUGGUUAUCAAAAAUGAAAGAACAACGUUUUUAUAAAGAAUCACCACAAGAUUAUUGUAGGGUUUUAGAUGGUGUAGCUGGUUCAGGUAAAAGUAUAUCAUUAGCUCAAGUUGCAUUUUGGGCACAACAACAAGAUUGGUUGGUCGUUUAUAUUCCAAAUGCUAGUAGUUUUAUCAACCGUGGUGCUUUAACUCACUUUAAUAUCAACCCAUUAUUAUUUGCUCAAAAUAAUUUAUGCUUUAAUUUCAUUAAACAAUUUGUUGAAGUUAAUCAUGCAAAAUUAAGAGAAAUUAAAUUAAAAACUAAAUUUAAGAUUGAAUCAACUGGAUGGGAAUCAUCACCAAAUAAAACAUUAUUUGACUUAUUAUCAUCAACAAAGUAUGAUUCAUCAUCAGAAAUUUUCUAUCAUUUUAAGAGAGAAUUAAAUACAAUUCAUGAAUUCCCAGUAUUGGUUGCAAUUGAUGGUUUUAAUCACUUUUAUAGACCAUCAGAUUAUGGUGAUAUGUAUGAUUCAGCUUCAAAUCUUGGUACUUUACCAACUGAUAGAUUAAUGGCCUCUUCAUUAUUUAAAAAUAUUACAUCACAUCAAAUCUCAAAUGGUGUUGUCCUUGCUGCAACAACUAAUGUCAUUCCAAAACGUGAAAUGUUUGAAGUUAUCCCAGAAGAGAGUGUUUUAAAUGUACCAAUUUUUACAAUUUAUGAAUUUAAAUUAUUCAUUAAUUAUUUGGUUGAAACUAAAUAUCUUGAAAAAUCACCAAAUCAAGAAACUAUUGAAUACUAUUGGCAAAUUUCAAGUGGCAACCCAAGAGAAUUAUGGAAAAUCCUUCGUAUUCUCCAUUAA